AUGGGCAACUGCGUAAAACCUAUCGAUCCUUUAAGUGCUUUGAUCCCAAGAAACAAUGAGUCCAAUGUUACAGCAAUUAAGGAAUCAACAGUGCCAAUCAUUUUUUUAAUCGGCGGUCCUGGAGCAGGAAAAGCAACACAAUGUACACGUAUAGAAAAACAUUACGGCUUUUGCACUAUCAUAACCAGAGAGCUAUUGCGCCACGAAGUAGCCACCGGUUCACAAAAAGGCAUAAUUUUGGCGCACUUAAUGUCCGAGGGUAAGAAUGUCCCCCCGGAUGUCAUGGUACAGCUUAUUGGGGAAAAAAUGUUGAGCAAAUUAAGUACCACGCGAGGUUUUCUAGUAAGUGGAUUUCCCAGAGAAAAAAUGCAAUGUAAAUACUUCAACAGUCGCAUCCGUCCACCGGACCUCGUUCUGUACCUGCUCGUCAGAAAUUCGCUGUUAAUAGACAGGGUUCUGGCGAAAACCGUCACCACCACAGAGCGACAGAUGAGCAUAAUCGACGAUAAAUUACUCCGAAUUAAGCACUAUCAAGAAAAGAUCAAAUCAGUUCUUAAAUAUUAUAAAAAACAUCUUGUGGUUAUCGACGGUGAAAAAGAAGAAGCGGAAGUUUUCGAGGACAUUUGCUACGCGAUUGAUAACGUUUUGAAAAAGUUUCCUAGCUCGUCUACAUAA